AUGAACAGACGUUCUUUAAACGAUACUCUAUUUGGUAUUCAAGGUAUUAAUCCAGGAUUUUCCGCUCGAGACGAUCCAAAUGCUAUUCCAUCUCAACAAACAACUGGAAAAGUUGUAUUAAAACGACAACAACUUUUAGCAUGUCCUUAUUUAAAAGUUGAUGAACAAAUAAAAUUACUUAAUUUACAAAAAAAUUGUAUUACUAAAAUAGCUAAUCUUGAUCAUUUAACAUGUCUUGUUGUACUUGAUUUAUGUGAAAAUGAAAUUGAUUGUAUUCAAGGUUUGGAUUAUUUAUGUUCAUUAAGAAUUCUUCGAUUAGCAAAUAAUAAAAUAAAGCAAAUAAAAAAUCUGGAUGCACUUGAACAACUUGAUGUACUUGACCUAAAUGGAAACCAAAUUUCUCGAAUUGAAAAUUUUACAAAUUUAACACGUUUACGUGUUCUUAAUUUAUCACACAAUCGUAUAGAAAAAUGUGAAAAUUUGCGAACCUUAAAAAAUCUUGUUGAACUUAAUCUUCAAGGAAAUCUUAUCACCACUGUGUGUGAUCUGGAAACAUUACCAAUUCAAAGAUUAUUCCUAAGUUUUAAUAAAAUUCGAAAAUUUGAUGAUAUUCGCUGUAUUUCAAAACUUACUACACUUGAAUGUCUAUCACUUGAAGGUAAUCCAUUAGCAUUUACAGCUGCGUAUGAACAAAUUAUUUUAUCUCAAUCACAAGCUUCUACGAUUAAACAAGAUUCUCGCCAGCCAAUGACUAUGGACCAACGAAUCGGUCGUGUAAUGCGAAUGCAACAUAAUAAUAAUAAUAACAAUAACAAUAAUAAUAAUAUUACUGAAACAGCACAUAUAAAUCGUGAUCGACGUCUUCUUGAUACUCUUUCAAGUCAACAAGAUUCUAUGAGUGAACGAAGUGAUACAGAUAUUGAUUCUGUCAAAACAUAUCCACCACCAGUUUUCAGUCGAACAUCAUCAAUUACACAACAAAAACCCGUAAUCAAACCAAUACCAGAAACAAUAAAUCCAUUACUUAUUGAAACAAAGUUAAAUCCAAUUAUUGCUGAACGAUCAACAUUAGCAAAAACUUUCGUACAAUCAGCAAUCGAGGAUGCUUUUCGAAAAGAAUCAAUGACUGUUCAAUUAGCACGAUGUUGGCCUUUAUUCUUAACUCAAUUAAGAAAUGAUUCAAAUUAA